AUGGCCAAGUCACACCUGCUGCUGUGGCUGCUGCUGCUGCCCACACUCUGUGGCACAGGGGCUGAAGCUGUAGGGACCACCUCAUCCCAGGCCUGUGCCCAGGGCCCUGAAUUUUGGUGCCAAAGCCUGGAGCAAGCGUUGCAGUGCAGAGCACUGGGGCACUGCCUGCAGGAGGUCUGGGGACAUGCGGGAGCCGAUGACCUGUGCCAGGAAUGCAACGACAUCAUCAACACCCUCACCAAGAUGACCAAGGAGGCCAUUUUCCAGGACACAAUUCGGAAGUUUCUGGAGAACGAGUGUGACAUCCUCCCCUUGAAGCUGUUGGUGCCCCGAUGCCACCAUGUGCUUGAAGCCUACUUCCCGCUGGUCAUCGACUACUUGCAAAGCCAGAUCAACCCAAGGGCCAUCUGUGAGCACCUGGGCUUGUGUAAAUCUGGGCGUUCAGAGCCCAGGCUGGAGCUGGAGCUGUCGGACCCUCUGCUGAACAGGCUGGUCCUUCCAGUGCUGCCCAGGGCCCUCUGGGAGCAGCCAGGGCCUCAGACACAGGAUCUCUCUGCGCAGCAGUUCCCCAUCCCCCUCCCCUACUGCUGGCUCUGCAGGACUUUGCUCAAUCGGGUCCAAGCUGUGAUUCCCAAGAGUGUACUGGCCCCAGUUGUGGCCCAGGUGUGCCACGUGGUGCCCCUGGUGGCAGGCGGCAUCUGCCAGUGCCUGGCCGAGCGCUACACUGUCAUCCUAUUGGACGUGCUGCUGGGCCGCAUGCUGCCCCAGCUGGUCUGCGGCCUCGUCCUCCGGUGCUCUUUGGAGAAUGGUGCUGGCCCAGGCCUCACCUCUCUGCAGUCCCUGUGGGGAGAAUGGAUACCGGACGACUCCAAGUGCCAGCUCUGCGUGUCCGUGACCACCCAGGCAGGGAACAGCAGUGAGGAGGCCAUGCCACAGGCGAUGCACCAGGCUUGCCUCAGCUUCCAGCAGGACAGGCAAAAGUGUGAGCAGUUUGUGGAGCAACACUCCGUGCAGCUGCAGAGCCUGACGGCCAGGGGCCAGGAUGCCCGCACCACCUGCCAGGCACUGGGGGCAUGCGCAACCACAUUCAGUCCUCUCCAGUGCGUCCAGGAGCCCCACUUCUGAUGGGAACUCAGAGCCGUGCCAGGUCCGCAGCAAAGAUACGAUGCUGAAGGGGAAGCCAAGUAAGGACCGGUGAGGCCAUCUCCAGGACUCCAGAGCAAGGCUUCUCCUCACUCCCUGCCCCCACUGAGAAGCAGCCUUCACUCCCAUACUCACAUCCUUUCCUCAAAAGUGCCAUAAGGCCCUGACUGGUGUGGCUCAGUGGGUUGAGCACAGUCCAACAAACCCAAAGACUGGGAAUCACUGGUUCGAUUCCCAGUUGGGGCAUAUGCCUGGGUUGCAGGCCAGGCCCCUGGUUGGGGGCAUUGGAGCGGCAACCAAUUAAUAUUUCUCUCCCUCUUUUUCUCCCUCCC